AUGGAAGUGAAGAAGCCGCUAAAAGGCUCGCCUGGAGCCAAGACCGGAAGGCAGGACAAGCAGAACGAGCCACGCAAGAAGCUGAACACGUCCGAAACACUGAAAAGCCCAGGUCCGGAACAACGAACCAUUGAGGAGCCCCGAGAAGGUUCGCCACGAGGCAGAGAGGAAAGACGGGACCAGCACAACCAGCCACGCAAGAAGCCGAAGACGGGCAGUACCGAAGCACCGAAAAGCCCAGACCCGGAAAAACCACCCCUUGAGAAGUCGGGGAAAGGUUCACCAGGAGGCAAAGGCGGAAGUCGUGAUCAGCGAAACCUGCCACGCAAGAAGCCGGACAGCGGCGGUGCCGAAACACCGCAAAGCCCUGAUCUGGAACAACCAUCCCCUGAUGCAAGUUCCACACAAAAGGGAUCACCAGGAGUCAAGUGCGGAAGACGUGGCCAGCGCAACCUCGCACGCAAGAAGCCGGAAACGGGCGAGGCCGAAACACCGAAAAGCCCAGAUUCGGAAGAAUCACCUCUUGAGGAGUCAAAGGAAGGAUCGCCAGGAGUCAUUCGUGGAAGACGUGGCCAGCGCAACCUGCCACGCAAGAAGCCGCACACGGGCGAGGCCGAAUCACCCAAAAGCCCAGAUCCGGAACAAUCACCCCUUGAGUCUCAAGAGGGAUCACCAGGAGUCAAGUCCGGAGGACGUGGCCAGCGCAACCUCGCACGCAAGAAGCCGGAAACGGGCGAGGCCGAAACACCGAAAAGCCCAGAUUCGGAACAACCACCUCUUGAGAAACCACACGAAGGAUCGCCAGGAGUCAAGCGCCUAACACGUGACCAGCGCAACCUGCCACGGAAGAAGCCGGACACGGGAAGAGCCGAAUCAACCAAAAGCCCAGAUCCGGAACAGUCACCCCUUGAGAGGUCACAAGAAGGAUCACCAGGAGUCAAGCGCGGAAGACGUGACCAGCGCAACCUGCCACGCAAGAAGCCGGACACGGACGGGGCCGAAACACCGAAAAGCCCAGAUCCGGAACAAUCACUCCUUGAGGUGACGAAUGAUCAGAAACAGCCCACAGACAACGGGAGCGACAAGAACAGUUCGCCAAAGCCAGAAGAAGAGGCCCAAGCAGAAACACCGCAGGUGCCAGAUAAAGAGAACACUUCUCAAGUGGAGUCACCCGAGAACAAAAAAGACCAACACAUAAACACCGUCAGCAGGGCCUUGAUCAACAUGCGUCGCCGGCGGAUGACGAUACGCUCACGUGCCACCACACCAUUUAAAGUUUUCAGCCCGCAACAGCAGCUCGAAACUUUCAGCAGCGGCCUGCUCAAGCACAAAGGACGCACGAAAAUAACCCAUACAUGA